AUGUUGUAACGCCUACAGUCCCCCCUGCACGUCCGUCUGCUCAUUUAUUCGCCCGUGGCGUCCGCUUUGCUUUCGUUUUGCUUUCGUGUUCAUCCGUCAGCGCACCAGCAGCCAUCACUCACCCUUUUUGUCCGGAACUAUGUCUAGUGCUUCAAGCCAUCGUCCGUCUCGGCACAAGCGCCAACACCCAUCCAAGAACAAGGACGACGACCACCACGACCCGCACCCCACAUCAGUAGCCCCGACCGACACCCGCUCGCUAUCCGGCGACACGCGUACCGACUCGCACACACGCAUGUAUCACGCUUCUUCGCACGACGACGGGUACAGGGCUUCAAAAAGAGGCCGCUACGAUUCCAAGGACAGCGGGUCGUCCUCGCGAUGGAGACCACCAGUGGAGGAGGAUGUGUAUGCGUACGGCCGCGACGACUAUCGCUCGCGCGGGCGAGACGACUUUCCGAUGACGGAUGUGCGGGAGGCGGACUACCACGGCUCGCGCUACCCACAGCCCAGCCGUAGCUGGUACCCCGACUACAACACAGGCCCUUCCUCGCCUUCGGCACCCGUCUCCAUACGCGAGUCAUGGGGCGCCGCUGCGGUUGAACCUGUGUACGACGAAGGGUAUGGGUGGACGCCGGACCUGAGCCAGUCCCGCCGUUCCGACGAGCGCCGAAGUGGAGAUGGCUGGCGCGGAAAAGGACGCAAAGAGGACGACGGGAAGAAAUACACGAGCGAUGCGGGCUGGGACACGCGGCGGCGGGCCCGGGAGGAGCAGAAGCGUCCAGAUCGGCCAGCAGAUGAUGACAGAGACCGCAUGUGGGAGCCCGCACCGGGCUGGAAAUCGGCGCACAACGGCGAGCUGUACGAGGAGCGCCUGCGUGAGCAGGGCAUCGACCCGAAGUACAGCAAGCACAAGAAUAAGGGGAAGAAGAACAAACAGAAGCGAGCAAGGGAGAGUGGAGGUAGCGGCGGCGCUGCGGGCUUUGACGACGACCUCAACAAUUGGAGUAGGCGUGAUUCACGGGCAGCUCGUUAUCCGUCGCCUUCGCACAGCCGAAAACACCAUCAUUCCACGUCGCCUCCGCGUUCUUCCUCGUACGACGAGCAUCAUGGACGCCCUCGAAGACGUUCACCCUCACGCUCGAUAUCCCCGCCAGCGACCAAACGUCCUCGUCACGAUCGGCCUCAUGACGACGAUCGGGGCCGACAACGCAAGAUCGUCUACGAGCGACCGCCGUCGCCAGCUCAUAGCCGACCAUCGCCCCCACGACGACGGCGAAGUAUAUCUUCUCGUUCAAGAAGCACCUCUCGCAGUCGAAGUCGUAGCCGCACUCGUAGCAUCAGCCCCUACGCCCGUCCUCGGCAGCUGCAUCGAUUACCGACAGCGUCUACGACAGUAUUGUCCCCGACUAAUAAGGCUGGCGAAGCGGUCGAGACUUCGCCUCGCCAGAAGCGCAACGGCAAAUACCAGUCGAACGGGAAGGGGAACAAGAAGAGAACCAGUGAUGAGGCCUCGUUCGCUAUCUCUCCGCCAAGAGAGUCAAUGGGUGGGCUGCGUAGUUUUGAGCAGGAGCUCAUCCGCUCGAGCAAAGGGUCUUCUGAGACCGUGCGGUCAGGUCCGAGAGAGCCGCUACCCGAGCGUCCGCAGGAUUUCGUGCGCGAGUCCUCGCGAGACCCGCAGGCGUCUUCGUCAUCGCAGCCACCACCUCAAGAGAAAGAGCAACCCCUCAAACAUGAAGCUUCGCAGUCGUCCUCGACCAGCGGGCCUCUGCAGGUCAAAGAGGUUAGCCCUGCGGCGACAUCGUCCGCUCCCGCUGCUCCAAUACCCGUGAAGCCUGUCACCUCGAUCAUGACCCCGGAGGCUGCAGGAAGUUCCAGCAAGACGAAGGUCCCGCCAUCUGCGAACCUGCCGCCGAAGCCCAAGGCUGCUAUGGCGCCACCCUUCAGGGCCGACACCUCCCCACAACCCAUGGCAGUAGAUGUGCCGAAGGGUGAGACGCCGGCUGCUCCUGGGCCAUCGGGGCACACACCAGAAGCGACGCUGCCGCGUAACUCGCCCGCUCUCCCUCAGCCUGUAUCGCAGUCUGCGACCCCGCAACCGUCCUCGCAGCCCUCUCAGCCUAUCGCGCCAACAAAUCAUCCGCUUCCCGCGCAGCCGCAGCCACAACAGACGCCAGCGCAGAUGCAGCAGAUGCAUGCUCAACCCGGCCAUCCUCUUCCACAGAAUCCCGCUCUCAUGCAGCACCCGUACAAUGGCGUUCCGACGCCUGGUCUUCCUCAGCGCCCCAUGCAAGGCAUGCCGUACAUGUAUUCGAUGCCCGGGAUGCCUGCAAUGCCCGGAAUGCCUCCUAUGCCCUAUGGGAUGCCGGGAAUGCCUGGGUUCCCUGGAUAUCCGUACCCAUGCCCGGCCAGAUGCCCGGCCAGGCUCAGAUGCCCGGUCAAGUGCCAAUGCCUGGACAGUCGCCUAUGCCCGCUCAGGCGCCGUUCGCCCAGCCGCGGCCCGUCAACCCACCUCCGGUACAGGCUCCUCCAGUCAUCGUACCUGCAGACCCUAAAGCAGAGCUCGCGAAAGGUGCGAGCCGUCCUCGGAAGGCUGGCUUCAAGCCCAUCGGAUUUGCGCCUGUCAAGCAACAGGCUAAGCCCAAUGCGGCGUUGAAAAAGUUCUUCACUGGGGAGGAUGAGGAUAUGGACAUGUCGGAUGACGGCCCCGCCCCCGCUCCUGCACCGGCGAGUGCUG